CAGCUUGCUUGUCUGCCAAAUGGCUCAUUCUAACAACCGCUGAGGCAGCGUGUGAACUGUAGCACUAUGGCCCAGGGUUCCCUACAGAAAACAAGGGGAAAUGGAAGGACUUACUGGAGUUCACAUGUACAAAAGGACUGAGAAAUAUGCAAUCCUGCCACUAAAAGGAAGGCAAAGACCACUGGAAAUUGACAUCUCCAAAUGUGGAAAGAAGAACAUUUGAAAUAAUGGAUUUAAAAUAGGUUUAUGGCAUCAUUUCCAUCCCACUGAAACACACAUGGGGGGAAAAAAAACCCCAAAAAAACCCACCAUUUCACACAAGAUGCAGAAGGUAUGUUUAGAAAUUGUUUAGUAUGAACAUACACUCAGCGAAUCAAAACUAACUGAAUUUGCCAUUUUAAUCAUUUACUAAAUGUUUUUGCUAAUGAACUGGGUUGAAAACUCAAUAUAUCUAUACACAAUGCUAUCUCUGGAUUUGUCACCAUUCAUGUGAAAAUUUGUCAUACCUGUAAGUGUGAAAAAUUGCUGUCACGGUUAGUUUUGUAAAUGAAGAUGCAAGGCAAUAGCACAAACGACAGCUGUGGGGUAAAUGAUGACUUUAAGUACAUCCUGUACAAGUCAGUUUUCAGCCUCGUGUUUCUACUAGGACUGGUUUUCAACAUGGUGGCUUUGUACAUCUUCACUUGUACACUGAAACAACGGAAUGAGACCACCACUUACAUGCUGAACCUGGUGGUGUCUGACACACUCUUUGUACUCAGCUUGCCAUUUAGGAUCUUUUACUUCAUCAAUCGAAACUGGCCCUUUGGGGAAGUUCUCUGCAAGCUCUCCGUUACGCUGUUCUACACAAACAUGUAUGGGAGCAUCUUAUUCCUCACAUGCAUCAGCGCUGACCGCUUUCUGGCUAUUGUUUACCCAUAUGCUUCCAGGUCCUUGCGCACCAAAAGGAAAGCAAAACUCGCCUGCUGUGCAGUCUGGCUCGUGGUGCUGUCAGGCAGCUUUUCGGUAGGGUUUAAAAUGGAAACGUCAAGUUGGAAUAACAAGCAAUGCUUUGAGAACUACACUAACACACAGUGGAAGUCGACCCUAUCAAAGGUCGUGGUGUUCAUGGAAACUGUGGGCUUUGUUAUUCCACUGCUGAUCAACGUUUUCUGCUCCAUUAUGAUGUUGCGGACCCUGCGAAACCCUGACGUCAUUAAAUGUGGAGGGCAGCUGAACAAAACCAAGAUAUUGCGCAUGAUCGUGGUGCACCUGCUCAUCUUCUGCUUCUGCUUCACACCAUACAACAUCAAUCUAGUCUUUUACGCCCUGGUCCGAAGUAAGGUCAUUCAGAACUGCACCGUAGAACAUGUGGUCAGAACCAUUUACCCCAUAGCAUUUUGCCUUACUGUCAUGAACUGCUGCUGUGACCCUGUAAUUUAUUACUUCACCUCAGAAACCAUUCAGAAUUCCAUCAGGCAUAAGUCUUACGCCAACCGCAGAAACACAAAGGACCGCGAUGGUUUGGACAGCAGAGACACACCAAUGAAGAACUUUAGGUCUCUGAGAGCAAAAUUCAUGCAUGAGUCUUCUGUGUAAAAAGAGUAUAUAUAAAAAGAAGCCUGGCUUUCUAAUUUAAAAUACAACAGCUUAAAAAAACAACAAAAAAAACUGCUUCAUAAUUUUGAAUCUUUGACAAAUGUUUGAACAUGGGUUCAAAUCGUGUUGUGAAGUUGCCAUGAAUGUUUAGAAAUCAGUGUGCAUCCACUUAACUGCUUAGUUCAUGUGAUUUAUAUAUUUGUUCAAUUAACAAUGUAUUGUAAACAGUAUUCAUUAUUGUUUAUCCAGCCACCCCCGCUCCCUUUGUGUUGUUCACAAAGCUAACAUUCAUCUUCAGUAGUGUUUAGACUUUAGCUUGAAUGUAGCCUCAAAUAUUGAUAUUAUUGAACACAGAAUGCAGUGUGAAUCAUUUCUAAUAUGGGGCCUACAUGUUCUAUAAUGAUGGACUUAUUGAUUACAUUUUAUUCAGUAUAUGUGUAUAAAUAAGUGUAUAGAACAAAAUGAGUGCUUUUUGUAGAGAACCUUGAUUUUUGCAUUGUAUUGAUAUGUAAAGAAACUUUAAACCUUUGUUUCCAACUUUUUUUACAAUUUCAUUUUGUUCCUCUUAUUCAGUGGUGUGCAGUCUGCAAUGCAAAACAUUUGUGCACAAUGAAGCCAAAAGCAAUUUAAUAAUGCAAUGCAACAAUGACAGUUUCCGUUCAGCUCACUAGCUAGACUUGAAAUACAAAUCAGAAAUCCCUGACAUUAAGCAAAACGGUAACGCUACUGCCAAGGCAGAGUUUAGUACAAAAUGGUUAUACCAGAUCCAUCCUACUUCCUUAUCUGCAGCAUAUGCCCACAGAUAAAAGACUAUCUCAAGAGAAGACCGAAAUAAGCACUCCAGGGGAAUGUGUGAGUGUGCUCUGAAUGUCUAAAGCUCAAGUUAAAUGAGAAAAAACUUUCCAAAUGCUGUGCUGCUUGGACAUCACAGGUUCAGUAUCUGACGUCAUGCUGUCAGCUCCAAGAGACAGCUCACGUCAAAUACACAGACACCACACAGGCUGAAACACUACCACCAUCUUCUACUUACAUCAGUCAGAUUUGUAUUUUACUGCAACAGGUUGAAAGCAGCUACCCUACCCGAGAUUUGAACGUUAAAUGGGUGCUCUGGCUGCUAUGCCAAGGAGCUGGCUCUUUGGUCUAGUGGUCAGAGCUCAAGUUUACCUCCCAUCAGAUCUGGGUUCUGAGCCCCAGUUAGGGUGGCUCCCUUCAGGCCUCGUUACAUUUACAUUUUUAAUUAAAUAAAUCCAUGAUCGGCCCUUUGUACUUUCAUAAAUUUGCUGAUAUUUUUGCACUUUUUAAAACAGACAACAACUCAAUGCUUUUUCUUCCUUAAAAACAAACAAAAAAAAAGCAACAUCAGAAACUACAAUGGCAAGAACAAGAUUUUUCACCUUAUGAAAAAGCAGAUAAAAACUCAUUAAAUUGAACUUCAAGUGCUAUAAAUAUACUGUGAUUAUUUUAUCCAAGGUCACUGCCAGUUUGUAAUAUGCUACAUGGAUUAAACUGUAUACGAUGCAAAAGGAUCACUGACCAUAAAUCCCAAAUUUAUACUCUAAA